GUAGCGACGCCCGUUUCUUCGCACCUGAUUGGACCGCGGUUAAAGUUGGGGCGGGACCUGGCCUGCGGCGCGUGCGUGCGUAAGUACGUGCGAAGGAUGGAGGAGUCGGAGCCCGAGCGCAAGCGGGCUCGCGCCGACGACGCGGCGGGCGCGGGGAGCCGCUCCGAGACGGAAAAUGAGGACGACGAGGACUACGUGCCGUACGUGCCGCUGCGACAGCGACGGCAGCAGCUGCUCCAGAAGCUGCUGCAGCGGAGGCGCAAGGGCGCCGCGGAGGAGGAGCAGCAGGACAGCGGCAGCGAGCCCCGCGGCGACGAGGACGACAUCCCGCUGGGCCCCCAGUCCAACGUCAGCCUGCUGGACCAGCACCAGCACCUCAAAGAGAAGGCGGAAGCCCGCAAGGAGUCCGCCAAGGAGAAGCAGCUGAAAGAGGAGGAGAAGAUUCUGGAAAGUGUGGCCGAGGGCCGAGCCUUGAUGUCAGUGAAGGAGAUGGCGAAGGGAAUCACCUACGACGAUCCGAUCAAAACCAGCUGGACGCCGCCCAGGUACGUUCUCAACAUGUCGGAAGAGCGCCACGACCGCGUGCGGAAGAAGUACCACAUCCUGGUGGAGGGGGACGGCAUCCCACCGCCCAUCAAGAGCUUCAAGGAAAUGAAGUUUCCUGCAGCCAUCCUGAGAGGCCUGAAGAAGAAGGGCAUCCUCCACCCGACGCCCAUUCAGAUCCAGGGCAUCCCCACCAUUCUGUCCGGCCGGGACAUGAUCGGCAUCGCCUUCACGGGCUCAGGCAAAACGCUAGUGUUCACACUGCCUGUCAUCAUGUUCUGCUUGGAGCAGGAGAAGAGGUUACCUUUCUCCAAGCGGGAAGGGCCCUAUGGACUCAUCAUCUGUCCGUCACGUGAGUUGGCCCGGCAGACCCAUGGCAUCCUGGAGUACUACUGCCGCCUGCUGCAGGAGGACAGCUCGCCACUCCUGCGCUGCGCCCUCUGCAUUGGGGGCAUGUCCGUUAAAGAGCAGAUGGAGACCAUCCGACAUGGUGUGCACAUGAUGGUGGCAACACCUGGGCGCCUCAUGGACCUGCUGCAGAAGAAGAUGGUCAGCUUGGACAUCUGCCGCUACCUGGCCUUGGACGAGGCUGACCGCAUGAUUGACAUGGGCUUCGAGGGUGACAUCCGCACCAUUUUCUCCUACUUCAAGGGCCAGCGGCAGACCCUGCUGUUCAGUGCCACCAUGCCCAAGAAGAUCCAGAACUUUGCCAAGAGCGCCCUGGUGAAGCCCGUCACCAUCAAUGUGGGUCGUGCUGGGGCCGCCAGCCUGGAUGUCAUCCAGGAGGUGGAGUACGUCAAGGAGGAGGCCAAGAUGGUGUACCUGCUGGAGUGCCUGCAGAAGACGCCCCCGCCUGUGCUCAUCUUUGCAGAGAAGAAGGCAGACGUAGAUGCCAUCCAUGAGUACCUGCUUCUUAAGGGGGUCGAGGCUGUAGCCAUCCAUGGCGGCAAAGACCAGGAGGAACGCACCAAAGCCAUUGAGGCUUUCCGGGAAGGCAAGAAGGAUGUCCUAGUGGCCACUGAUGUAGCCUCCAAGGGCCUGGACUUCCCUGCCAUCCAGCAUGUCAUCAACUACGACAUGCCUGAGGAGAUUGAGAACUAUGUGCACCGCAUUGGCCGCACCGGGCGCUCAGGAAACACAGGCAUCGCUACCACCUUUAUCAACAAGGCCUGCGAUGAGUCGGUGCUGAUGGACCUCAAAGCCCUGCUGAUGGAGGCCAAGCAGAAGAUGCCGCCCGUGCUGCAAGUGCUACACUGUGGGGACGAGUCCAUGUUGGACAUUGGAGGAGAGCGCGGCUGUGCCUUCUGCGGGGGCCUGGGCCACCGGAUCACCGACUGCCCCAAACUCGAGGCCAUGCAGACCAAGCAGGUCAGCAACAUUGGCCGCAAGGACUACCUGGCUCACAGCUCCAUGGACUUCUGAGCUCCUCACCGGCCUGGCCGCUGACCCCGGACAAGAAGGCCAAGUCCUUGCCCAGCUGGCCUGGUGCCUGUGCCUGCCCCCCCGCCCCCCGGCCGCUGACGCCGGACAAGAAGGCCAAGUCCUUGCCCAGCUGGCCUGGUGCCUGUGCCUCCCCCCCCGCCCCCCCAGAUUACUAUUUUUGCUCUCCCUUUAUCUCUGUUGCCAGUAAAAGCAUAAAUUUCUCUGG